AUGCACGAUGAUCCAAUCACCAUUAGCUCAGAUGAUGAGGCCAACAAUGACGGAGAUAUGAGUGGCGCUAACGAAGAGCAGAGUGCCGAAGACGAGUUGAAAUCUUUAAUGAAAGAAUGGACAUCACCUAUUUAUGCCCUCUUUGGCCCUAUCCCAGUCAUUCAAGAAGUUGACAAAUGUUGUGUGCAUGUGUUUAAAUGUUCGGCUAAAGGGUGUAAGGUCACGAUUCGCCAUUUCCUCAAUAAGAAGGACGCUCGUUCCACUGGCAACAUGCGAAAGCAUGCUAAGUCUUGCUGGGGUGAGGAAGUUUUGCAGGCAGCCGAUGAUGCAAAAAGUGCUGCGGAAGUUCGGGCGACAAUCGUUGCAAGUGUCCUGCGAGAUGGAUCAAUUACAUCUGCCUUUGAGCGAAAGGGCAAGGGAAAGGUAACAUACUCGCACCGUCAACAUACACGCACGGAAUCCAAGGCUGAAAUCGUGAAAUGGGUCUCUGAAAGUCUGAGGCCAUACAACAUUGUCAGAGACCGUGGAUUUCAGUGCCUAAUGAAGACAGGCAGACCCGAAAUUUACAUACCUUCGCCUUCGACCAUUUCACGUGAUGUCCGUCUCGUAUUUGCUCGAACACGUACAAGGAUUGCUAAAAUGUUCAAGGAAUACAAGGGAAGACUUAACUUUACGACUGACGCGUUGUAG